AUGCUGGCACCCCGCCCCGCCUCCCAGCUGCGCCACGGGAGUCCGGCCCCUGGGAGCCGGGAGUCCUCCGAGGAGGGAGGUCGGAGCGGACGGAGGUGGAGGAAGUCGUUCCGGGUGGACCCGAGGAUUUUUAGUGCCCAGGUUGAUGGAAGAUACGAGGUCUCUCCUCGCAAGGAUUAUGGCCUCCUUGCCCGACUUGAAGGUAGAAGUUCCUUGAAAGAAAUAGAACCAUAUUUGUUUGCUGAUGAAGAUUCACCUGUGCAUGGUGAUAUUAUUGAAUUUCAUGGUCCAGAAGGAACAGGAAAAACAGAAAUGCUUUAUCAUUUAACAGCACGAUGUAUACUUCCAAAAUCAGAAGGUGGACUGGAAGUAGAAGUCUUAUUUAUUGAUACUGAUUACCACUUUGAUAUCCUGCGGCUUGUUACAAUUCUUGAGCAUAGACUAUCCCAAAGCUCGGAAGAAAUAAUAAAAUACUGCCUUGGAAGAUUUUUUUUGGUAUACUGCAGUAGUAGCACCCAGUUACUGCUCACACUCUAUUCACUAGAAACUAUGUUUUGUAGUCACCCCUGUCUCUGCCUUUUGAUUUUGGAUAGCUUGUCAGCUUUUUACUGGAUUGACCGUGUCAAUGGAGGAGAAAGUAUUACCUUACAGGAGUCUACUCUGAAGAAAUGUUCUCAGUUCCUAGAGAAACUUGUAAAUGAGUAUCGCCUGGUUCUUUUUGCAGCAACACAAAGUAUAAUGCAGAAAGCCUCAAACUCACCAGAAGGGCCUUCUACCUUUAAGAGUGAUACGGACAUAGACUAUAGACCCUAUCUGUGUAAGGCGUGGCAACAGGUGGUAAAGCACAGAAUAUUUUUCUCCAAACAAGAUGAUUCUAAAAGCAGCAACCAAUUUUCAUUAGUUACACGUCAUUUAAAAAGUAACAGUUUAAAAAAACAUCUUUUUAUUAUUAGAGAAAGUGGGGUUGAGUUUUGUUGAUAUGUAUCAUAAAAUAGUCUUUUGCAGGAUAUUAUGCAAGUCUUAAAAAGUCUUUUAUAGGCUAAAGUGAUUUGAUUCUAAAGUUUUAAACUCUAGGGGGAUUUCUUAAACUAGUACAGUGAAACUUGAGACUAUUCUGUUUCUAGGCCAUUGGAAAUUAAUCAGUUAUAUUAAUAAUUAAACUUUAAGUUGUUUUAAAACUAAAUAAAUAAUACAUAUAUUUCAUCCUAAAUAAAAUGGACUUUUAUAA